AUGUCCGCCCCCAUCGAGAACCCAUUCCCGAUCCCUCCUCCGGAGAACUUCAAUGUUGCGCGUCAAGCUCAUGGUAUUGUGCGUUCCCGUGAUCAGAAACUGGCUCGGCCUGGGGACGUCCAGCAGCCGGUGCCUCGGCGUGCAAUUCCAGCCAGACGCCUCCACGUCGCGGUCGCUCCGGGUCCCAGUCGAGAUCGCCACUUCUCUCGGCCCCUCAUCACCUCUGCACCACACGCGUGACUGACUUUAUGUACUUCUUGAUGCAUAGGCCGUCCCCGGAUCAGCCAAGCCAGGCGCCACGCCGAUCUACGUCAAUGCGCAGUUCCCCCAUCUGCCCACCCCGGCUAGCGACCCGAGGUUCCCGCGCACGGCCAAGGAGUGCUUCGACAUUGGCCUCGCGAGCAAACCAAACGAACCGUGCCUUGGUCGACGCCCCUGGGAGAACGGGGACUGGGCCAAGUACUACGUCUGGGAGACCUACGCCCGCGUCGACCAGCGCCGUACCGAGGUCGGUAGUGGCUUGGUCGCGCUCCAGCGCCAAGGCAAAUUCGGCGACGGCAUUCCCGCCAAAGGCUACUCGGUCGGCAUUUGGUCGCCCAACCGUCCCGGUAUGUACUAGAUCUUACUUUGGAGUCUCUUCGAAUUUUGCUAGGCCGGCACCGAGAGCGAGCCGCGCGACACACCUACAGACGAGCUGACUCGAAUGACCGCUCUCCUUUAAUCCGGUGCUACAUAUGGGACACCCGAAAAUGCUCACCGGCCGCUCGAUUCAAUUCGGUGUCCGCGCUUGGCUCAGAAUGGCAAUGGGCGUCCCAGGCGUGCUCGGCCUACUCGCUCGUGACGGUCAGUCUGUACGAGACGCUCGGUCCUUCCGUAGUCGAGUACUGCAUCAACCAUGCCGAAGUGCGCGUCGUCAUCGCCGCAUCGGACCAUAUCCCGGCUUUGCUUCAACUCGGCACCCAGGCGUGCCCCGGACUCAAGGCCAUCAUCAGCAUGGACACUUGGUCCGAGAUCACCCCUUCGCGCCCCGGUGCAUCGAGCAAGGUCGCUCUCAAGGCGUGGGGUGAACAGCUCGGCAUCACCGUGCUCGACAUUGAGGAGUUGCAGGCCCUCGGACGGGCCAACAUCCUUCCCUUCAACCCUCCCGCUCCCGAGGACAUGGCUUCGAUUUGCUACACUUCCGGUCAGUGCGCACGCUGAUAUUCAAGCGUGAUUAGGCUACUCAUCAUCUUGCUGAACUUUCUAAUCUCUUUUGCUCUAUUGCAGGCACGACCGGCAACCCCAAGGGUGCGAUCUUGUUGCACUCGUCGCUCGCUUCGGCCGCGGUCGUCAACUUGCACGGAUCGAGAUUCCGCGCCGGCGGUAUCUUCAUCUCCUACUUGCCCCUAUCCCAUAUUUACGAACGAUUUUGCGAGGACGUGGCGCUCGCCGCCGGCUCGUCGAUCGGUUACCACUGUGGCGACAACCUCCGUCUCCUCGAAGAUCUCGCCGUCCUCAAGCCUACCUUCCUCGUGUCCGUUCCUCGAGUGCUCAACAGGGUCUACCAGGCGAUCAAGGCCUCGACUGUGGAUGCGCCUGGGUUCAAGGGGAAGAUGUGCCGCAAAGCCUUCGCCGACAAACUUUACAAUCUCGAGCACCACGGUACCUACGAGCAUGGUGAGUUGGACUGGCUUUUCUCCGUUAGCUUUUAUACGAACACCCUUCUGACCCCAUGUCUUCCUCCUUGCACUCUCUUUUAGCUUUCUGGGAUCGUAUCAUCUUCAAAAAGGUCAAGAUGGCACUCGGUGGUUCGGUCGAGGUGAUCGGUACCGGUUCGGCCCCCAUCAACCCGUCUGUGCUCUCGUUCCUCAAGGUAGCGCUCUGUUGCGAGGUUUCGGAAGGGUACGGUCAGACCGAGAACUGCGGAACGGCGGUCAAGUGUCUAGAUGGUGAUCACGCGCCGAACGGUACCGUCGGUCCUCCUCAACCGGGAGUCGAGGUCAAGUUGAUCGACGUGCCUGACAUGGCCUACUACAGCACCGACCGACCUUUCCCCCGCGGCGAGAUCCUCACCCGCGGUCAAAUGGUUAUCCCUGGUUACCUCAAGGACGAAGCCAAAUCCAAGGAGACCGUCGAUUCCGAAGGCUGGCUCCACAGCGGUGAUAUCGGCUUGAUCGACGAACUCGGUCGGAUCAAGAUCAUCGACCGCAUCAAGAACUUGGUCAAGUUAUCCCAAGGCGAAUACGUCGCCGUUGAAAAGGUCGAGAACGUGUACAUGCUGUGCCCGCUCGUGAUGCAGAUCUACGUCCAUGCUGAUUCGCUCCAGGAUCACGUGGUCGGUCUCGUCAUCCCCGAUCCGGAACCUUUCGCUGCUCUCGCGACCAAGGUCACGGGGGAGAAGGUGUUGUCGAGUGAUGGUGCGGCGAUGGAGAAGGCUUCCAAGGACCCUCGAGUGCUUAAGGCCGUCGCGGCGCUGUUGGAACCUUAUGCCAAGCAAGCUCGUUUGCUCAAGUACGAGGCCGUCGGCGAUGAUAUUGCCAUUUCUCUGAACCCCUUCAGUCAGUUCUUGCCCGUUUGCUUGCUUACCAUCGCCCUCUGAAAAAAGCAAUACUGACCGUACCCUCAUCUGCUCUCACAGGUAUGGAAUCCGAGACCAUGACUCCGACCUUCAAGACCAAGCGUCCUCAAGUGUACAAGCUACACAAGGACGUUUUGGACUCUCUCUACGGCCGACGAUCGACCAACGCCGUCGCCAAGCUCUAA